UCACAAUCAAGUUUCAACUUCAGCGGUCGUACAAAAUGUUCCGGUGUGCGGCAUUUAUUUUGUGUGCAUUUCUCGCCCUGGAUCUCCAUGGAUCCCUGUCAGAAGCACAGGAGGGAAGGCGCUACGUGUGUUUAUUAUCAGAUCCUGCCAAUCAAUGCAGUGCAUUCUGCGUUUCUGCACUGCAACCAGUAAUCGAUCACCUUACUAAGGAACAGCAGGCAUCAAAUGUCUGUGAAAGGAAAUUAAACGAAACCCUGGUCAAACUAGAUCAAUUAGAAGACCAGUUGAGGGCGACACAGAAUAAAAUGGAAGACCAGCAGAUAUCUCUUCGGGGAAAUUUAACGAAGCUAGUACCACACGACCUCGACGAAAGGCUGAACAGGAUAGAAGGUAGUCAGACCUCCCUAUUAAAUCAACUGACAGCUGCACAAAAGAAGACGGAUAACCAAUUUACAGCUGUGCAGCAAACAUUAUCCAAUAUGGACAGGAAAAUCGUACUACAGAACUUUGAACGGAUAGGCACUAGGUUAUUCUACAUUGAACACAAUAUACUUGUGAACUGGAGAACUGCCGAACAAAUCUGUAUUGAGAUUGGCGGCCAUCUAGCAGCGUUCCAAAAUGAGCAGGAGUAUAGUGCAAUUACUGCCAAACUUACUAAAUCAAACUACUGGCUGGGCAUCAACGAUCUGGCCAAACAGGGCACCUUUAUAUCUCUGGCCUCCGGAAAACCAGCUCCGUAUUUAAGGUGGCGUUCAAAUGAACCCAAGUACAAGGACAGUACUCAGCAUUGCGCUUACAUAUACAGCGGACGAAUGAUAGUUUUAUCUUGUGUCAACGACGUUAUGCAUUUCAUUUGCCAAGCAGACGACAAAGUUUAGCAAAACAAAAUAAAAAACUUUACCAAGAA